AUACUCCAGAGACUUGAAGGCUGAGAAUCUUCUCUUGGGGUCUGAUGGAUUAUGGAAGCUGUGUGAUUUUGGAAGUGCCUCUACCAAUCACAAGCGCUUUGAGAGACCUGAAGAGAUGGGAAUUGAAGAAGACAACAUCAGGAAGUAUACAACACCUGCAUAUAGGGCCCCUGAGAUGUGGGAUCUGUUCCGGCGAGAAUUUAUGAGUGAGAAAGUAGAUAUAUGGGCUCUCGGGUGUCUCCUCUUUCGUAUAUGUUACUUCAAAAAUGCAUUUGAUGGAGAAUCAAAGCUGCAAAUCUUAAAUGGGAAUUAUCGCAUCCCAGACUUACCUAAGUACAGCUCAUUUGUUACGGAGCUGAUCAGGGACAUGCUUCAGGCCUCGCCAGAUAACAGACCAGACAUCACGCAGGUGUGGUUUCGUGUUAACGAGCAGUUACCUGUUAACUUACAGAAGUCAUUGCCGGAUAGACAACAUGAAGUGCAGUCUAGUGGCAUACAUGAAGGUGCUCUUAGAUCCGCAAAUAAAUCACCGCAAAUGCCUCGAAGAAGUCCUCCACCUCCACCUUCAUCUGGAGAAGCAGCUAGAAAUGUAUCACAGCCAUCACAUUCUUCUGGAGUAUGUGGAGGACAACUUGGUGCCUUCUGGUCAACCCAGCAUGCAAAAGAUUCACUUUUCUUUGAAGACAAAACCAGAUCUAAAUUUGAUGAAGAACCAACUAGCUACGACGCAUUAAAGCACGAAAGAAUUCGGACAGAUAAUCAUUCUUUACCUAAGAACACUAGCCCUGCAAGAGGAGAUAAUGUAGAAGGCCAUACUACUCGAGUAAAUGUAAGUAAAUCACACAAGCCUGAGGACAGUCUUUCAAAAGAUUUUGAAGUACAAUAUUUUCAUAAGGAUGCAAAUCCAGUAAUCGAGAGGCCAGAUGCGUCAAAAACUGGAAGUAGAGUUGCCUUUCAAGACGAGGCCUUUAAUACUUUUGUUGCUGAAUUUGAUACCAAUAAACUUAACCCUGGAAUGAGUAAUAGCAAAUCAGGAAAAGAAGAAGAAUUGGAGGCUGAAAUAGAGAGACUAAGAGGAGAGCUGAAGGAGGUUAAUAUGGAGAAAGCUGAAAUAACUUCCAAGUUUGAAAAGCUUUCUGCUAUUUGCCGAUUUCAGAGACAGGAGAUACAGGACCUGAAGCAAGCUCUUGUUGCUAGAACUCCAUCACCUAACAAAGAUGUUUCUCGCAAUCAAGCAUCUCCGGGAAUUUGUUCAGCUGCUAUCCCGCUGAGGGAUAAAGUUGAAGGAACAGCAGCUUGGGAAUUUCAGAAGGAGAAUUCUGAUUGGACUACACCAAGUCCUGAGCCAAAACAGUGGCAGGCUUUUGCUGAUGAUCCCCAGCCAGAGCAGCAACCUAAUUCAAAAGGUAAUACUGUCCAAUCAGUUAGAACCAGGAAUGGUAAGCCAAACAAGCAAGCUCCUCAAGCAACUUCUGGUUUUGAAUCUUGGGGUUUUGGAUCAGAGACUUUUACAGCUGUCCCUGUGCCAAGCGUUCAGAGGUCAAGAACUAUCAGUGAAGGGAACACCUCACAGCGUUUUGGUGAUUCGAAGAUGAGAAACGACCAGACAGCUCACCAGCCUGCCGGGUGGGCUGGUUUCUAACUCAAGAAA